UUCAAGUGCAGUUCCUUCUUAUUGUUAUCUGUACUGUGCAUACCUUCAUGUUCUGAAGCUAUGAUGGUUGGCCAACAUUUUGAUCUUGUUUUUUCUGGUUUACUAUCCCUUUAUCCUGCUGAUUGGAAUAAUGAGACAGUUCAUGUUAACAAAUGGUUUUAGCUUAUGAUGGAAACUAGCAUCAUCAAUCAGCAAAAUUUUCAUGAUCCAAAGCUUGGCAAUCAGGAAAAUGAAGAAAAUGUCUCAGAUACAGCUUAUUCUGACAAAACCCAGAAAGGUCAACCUGGUUCGAAGAUGAUACAUCCAAAUGAGCCCGAGAAAAAUUCAUAUCUAGUUUCUUCUGCUGACCUACCCCAUUCAAAACCAAGAGUUCACUCAGAGGAUCCAUUUGGAAAGGGAUCAGUGAGAUCCACAUAUGAGUUACAAAAGAGCAGGGACGAUGGUGAUGCUAAACAUUUCACUGAGUCUCCAGCUCGCCAUGACAAUGGUAGCCAUGUGAGUGGCACUGAUUCUGCCCAACGAGGCCAGGGAGUAGGUUCUGCUGACAACGGUAGAAAACCUUCAAGACAAACUAUUGGAUCUGAACACAACAUUGACCGUUCACCCCUUCAUCGCCAGGCAAAAGCCCCUGGCAGGGAUAGUCCUUCUUGGGAAGUAAAGAAUUCAUAUGGCACCAGCCAUGUUACCCCAGGAAGGUCCCGGUUAAGACCAUCUAACCGAGGGGAUGAAACUCCUGAUAAAGGUGCCGCUGUUCCAAAAUUUGGUGAGUGGGACGAGAGCAACCCUGCAUCAGCUGAUGGCUAUACUCAUAUUUUCAACAGAGUGCGGGAGGAGAAGCAGGUGGGGGCUGGACAUGUCCCAGGCACACCUAAUGCUAGACAAUAUGGUGUGCGGAAUCAGCCUGCUGAUGAGAAAGCUCAGAGUUGCUGCUUUUGCUGGGGAAAAAAAUGAUUUGUGUGAAAGUAUAAAUUAUAAUCUGAAGAGAAAAGAUAGGAUUGUGAAUGGACAUAAGGUGUGUCUUGCACUUGUAAAUAUUCAAGGAAAUCUCUUCCCAGGAAAGUAUUGUAGUCGUAUGUCUUAAAUCUG